GUCAUGGCGGAUUAGGUGUUUAUUAUGUCAGCUGUUACAUCGCUGGGAAGAAAUAUUGAAUACACAAGGAAUAUGACGAUUUAAAGAGGCACAGCAGUGACAAUGUCAGGAGAUGCUCAGCUUCUAGUCUCAGACAGACCUGUGUCACCACAGACAACGGUCGCUGCCUCCAAGCUUCCAGCUGCUGAAACCUUGACACAGCGAGAAGCGUGUGUUGGACAGGAAGCCAACUACAGACAGUCACCCUCUGUGUCAAAUAGACAAGCUGCUAAUACAACAGGUACAAGUGACAUGGAGUGGGGCAGCCGACCACCUCCGCAAGGUGCUCCUUCACAGCUUGUGGAUCAGACUAGUGCUGUGGCAGCUGUUGUAGUUGGCAGUAUGGCAGCUGCAGCUGUAGGACUUGAGACAGGGACGAAACCGGGGGGAUUCCUCCAUAGUGGGAAUUGGCAGCUCAGGACAAGUAUCGACACAACAGAGGUCACAGGUGUCAAACCGUGACAGUGUAACUCGCUCAAUUUCAUUCACAGGAGCUAUUAAUGGACUUGAUGGAACAAUGCCCGAUGAACAUAAAGAGGCUGUAGAAGAGUCUGAGUGUCCAGUUGUUGAACUGCGUCGACAUCCCGCUCGUGCCCACCUGCGACAUGCUCAUUCUGAGGCAGAGACCUCCGACUUGCAGAUGGCUCGACGGCGCAGUCAGACAAUGGCAGAGAUGAAGGAACAUGCCUAUCACAGAUUGCAGGAAGAACUCCAGAAGGCUCAAACAGACCUGCGUCUGAGAGAUGAAGAAUGUGAGAAGCUGUCCAAGGUUCGGGACCAGAUGGAAGAAGAGCUUGAUGAUCUGACAGCAUCUUUGUUUGAGGAAGCCAACAAAAUGGUUCAAGAGGCCAACGUGAAGAGGAUGCAUACAGAGAAGCUGCUAGCUGAGUCAAAUCAAAAGAUUGAAGUACUGCAGGCUGAAGUUGUGGCCUUGAAGCAGCUGGUUCUCACGUCAACACCCAGCUCCCCAAACAAGCAUCUACAUCCCCAGAUUGCAGAUGCCAAGGAGAAGAAAGUCAGCAAGCCAUUCUGGAAGACACAUCGACGGUCCACCAGUCACCACGAGUUUACAAAGGAGUCUCGACAAGCAGCUGAGGCACAGCAAAACCACAGCACCAUACACUGCAAAGAUUUUGACACUGCAUGUUAUGACCAGUUCCUGGUCUGGAGACAAGACCCUGUGAUGGAUCGCUCUAGGCCCUUUCUUGCCAGGAUGAUGAUGGAGGACAUUAUUCCAUGCCUCAACUUCUCAAACAAGAAGUUGGCAGAGAGAGUACAGCAUUGUGUAGAACACAAUACCCUCACAAUAGAACCAAUUCCAGGUGACAACUCUUACCCCAGGAAGUGUUCCCUGACUGAAACAAACAAAUUGUGCAACUACAAGAUCAAACUGGAGGAGGACCAGGAGUGGUACUCAAUAUCACAAAUGUGUCGAAACAGGAUUGCCUCAGUGUGUGAUUUCUACACCUACAUCAGGUACAUUCACCAAGGGCUGGUCAGACAAGAAGAAAAAGAUACAUUCUUGGAAAUCACCAGACUACGACGACAGAUGGCAUUAUCUCGGCUAGGUUUACUAUGAGACAGGGACAUGACUCUUAACCAAACUGUCUUUCCACAACCAGCGGUCUCAAACAUAUACUAGUAUCUCACAAGCCACAAACUAUCCCACUUGUCUGAGAAACAGGGAUUCUGGAUUACACACAAAUGAAGGUUGUCAUCGCAGUUGGUGCAUGAACUGUGCAUGAACUGUUCCCCUUGUCUCGUACAGAAGGUGAACUGUCUCCUCAAGAGAUGUAACUAAUGAUUGGAGCUUGUCCCAUCAUCCUGGAUCCCCCACUUGUUGACCUUUGUUGGACAGAUUGUAACUUUUUGUGGUUUGUAUUCAAUGAAGAAAAACAGUCCAGGACUAUCUGGUCAUUUGUAAAUAUUGCACUUUGUAAUGACUUGUGUAUAUGUUGUGCAGAACAACCAUUCCUAUUCAGUUGCUUUUAUUUAGUUUUCUAGUGCACUAUUUUUAUGUGUGAUUCCACCUGUCAGUAUGUGUGGAGGUUCACUGGUAUGAGGAGAUCUUCCUCCCUUGUUGACCAUGAUGUGUCCUAAUCCGGAUCCAAAGGUGUAAUUCACCUCAUCUUCCAGACAGACAUCUAGUUCCGAUAACCCUCUUGUGGUCUAGAUUGACAUCUCAUUGAACUGACCAAAGGUGGUUAUGCUGGGGUACAUGAUGCUUGUCAUUGGUAUGAUAUAUAACAGUGUAUGAAAUAUGCCCAAAACCCAGCCAGACAUCAUGGCUGGUAACUUCAAAAUGUUACCAGCCCAAAAUGCAUUUUACCAGACCAGGCAAUGCAAAGAAAAUAACUAAAUAUUUAGUUACAAUGAAUAAUUUAAUGAACCUGAAACAUGUAUUUACUGUCUAACUGUCUAUUCACGACGGUCAUUUUCAGAGAAUAGAUUUUAAGAUACGGUAUAUUUACUCAGGUGUAUGGAACAUUUUAUCUAAAUGUUUUACCAGACCAUUGGACUGGCUAGCUGUAACUUUGGACCAUCUGAUUACCAUUUUACACAAAGGAAGGACUUGAAUAUGAAAACAUUGACACGCAUUUAACAUAAAGUGCGGACUAGAACAAGAGAACAUUUGAUUUCCCAUUUUGCAUAAAGGAAAGAUUAGAACAUGA